CUCCCCUCCUUUCCCCCGCCGCCUCCUCCUGCCGCUGCCGCUGCUUUGGCUGCUGCGUCAUACGCCCCAGAGCUGCCGGGACUGAGGGGCUGGGCCUGGGGACCCCCCGGCCCUUGCCUGCCCGCCCUCCGACGCCCAGACGUGCCCUCCCCGCGCCGGGGGUUCGCCUCGGUCUCCCACGUCUGCCUCUGCCCGGCUCCCGGCGGCCCCAGCUGUCACUGGCCCCCCCCCCCAGGAUGCAAUGGCACAGCCCCCCCGGCUGAGCCGCUCUGGUGCCCCCCCACUUUGGGACCCAGCCUCCCCUGCUCCCACCUCAGGCCCCAGGCCUCGACUUUGGGAGGGUCAAGAUGUUCUGGCCAGAUGGACAGAUGGACUGCUAUACUUGGGGACCAUCAAGAAGGUGGACAGUGCUCGGGAGGUAUGUCUGGUCCAGUUUGAAGACGAUUCCCAGUUUCUGGUUCUAUGGAAAGACAUUAGCCCAGCUGCCCUCCCUGGGGAAGAACUACUCUGCUGCGUCUGUCGCUCUGAGACCGUGGUCCCUGGGAACCGGCUGGUCAGCUGUGAGAAGUGUCGCCACGCUUAUCACCAGGACUGCCACGUUCCCAGAGCCCCAGCCCCUGGAGAGGGAGAGGGCCCAUCCUGGGUCUGCCGCCAGUGUGUCUUUGCCAUUGCCACCAAGAGGGGGGGUGCACUGAAGAAGGGCCCUUAUGCCCGGGCCAUGCUGGGCAUGAAGCUGUCACUGCCAUAUGGACUGAAGGGGCUAGACUGGGAUGCUGGACAUCUGAGCAACCGGCAGCAGAGCUACUGUUACUGUGGUGGCCCUGGAGAGUCUGUGCUCCCCCGCAGGUGGAACCUGAAAAUGCUGCAGUGCCGGAGCUGCCUGCAGUGGUUCCAUGAAGCCUGCACCCAGUGUCUGAGCAAGCCCCUCCUCUAUGGGGACAGGUUCUAUGAGUUUGAAUGCUGUGUGUGUCGGGGGGGCCCUGAGAAGGUCAGGAGGCUACAGCUUCGCUGGGUGGACGUGGCCCAUCUUGUCCUCUAUCACCUCAGCGUCUGCUGUAAAAAAAAGUACUUUGAUUUUGACCGUGAGAUCCUCCCCUUCACCUCUGAGAAUUGGGACAGUUUGCUCCUCGGGGAGCUCUCAGACACCCCCAAGGGAGAACGUUCUUCCAAACUCCUCUCUGCUCUCAACAGUCACAAGGACCGUUUCAUUUCAGGAAGGGAGAUUAAGAAGAGAAAAUGUUUGUUUGGUCUUCAUGCUCGGAUCCCUCCCCCUGUGGAGCCCCUUACUGGAGAUGGAGCCCCCACCAGCUUCCCUUCAGGGCAGGGCCCUGGGGGAGGGGUCUCACGUCCCCUGGGGAAGCGCCGGAGGCCGGAGCCAGAGCCCCUGAGGAGGAGGCAGAAGGGGAAAAUGGAGGAGCUGGGGCCACCCUCAGCAGUGCGCAAUCAGCCCGAGCCCCAGGAGCAAAGGGAGCGGGCUCGUCUGCAGAGGGCACUGCAGGCCUCAGUGUCUCCACCACCCCCCAGCCCUAACCAGAGUUACCAGGGCAGCAGCGGCUACAACUUCCGGCCCACAGACGCCCGCUGCCUGCCCAGCAGUCCCAUCCGGAUGUUCGCUUCCUUCCACCCCUCUGCCAGCACCGCAGGGACCUCUGGGGAUGGUGAACCCCCAGACAGGUCACCCCUGGAACUUCACAUUGGUUUCCCCACAGACAUCCCUAAAAGUGCCCCCCACUCGAUGACUGCCUCAUCUUCCUCAGUCCCAGCCCCCUCCCCAGGUCUUCCUAGACGCUCAGCAACCCCUUCUCCCCUGUGCCGUAGUUUGUCUUCUGGGACUGGGGGAGGAGUCCGAGGUGGGGUUGGCUACCUGUCCCGAGGGGACCCUGUCCGGGUCCUUGCUCGGAGAGUACGGCCUGAUGGUUCUGUGCAGUACCUGGUUGAGUGGGGAGGUGGGGGCAUCUUCUAAACAGCGUGCCUCUGCCCACCUCCCCAUUCACACACACCGGCACUUUCGUACCCUGACCUCUGACCUCACCUACAGCUGGGAUGUACCUGGGGAGGUAGGGGGUAG